AUGGAGGGCCAUACUGGCCAUGGAUAUAUCGCUGAGGAUAUGUCCUAUGAUGAUCUGAUGACAAAUAAUGGAUGGUCGGCGCCCAACGAUCAGCAGCAGUUUCACUUCCAGCAACAACCUGCUCCAGCCUAUGGUCAAUAUAAUCCGCAAAGCUACAAUCAAUUUGAUCUCUCCCAACAGCCACAGUAUCCAUCUGUCUCAUAUUCAAACUCACCAUAUACAUCGCAAUAUCAGAAUGCGAGGCCUUCUGAUGUGUUUGGCCCGGCAACGCCAUUCACCGAGGCUUCCUUACACGGCUCAACCGGAUUCCAUGGUCACGAUAGCUCCUUCUCCUUUGCGCCUAGUAGUAUGGAGUCGACAUCUGCAACAAUCGCACCUCAAAACCUCCAAUACGCACCCAUAACUCCCUCCCAGACCCUGAAUCGUACAAUGUCCUCCUCUACCCUUCAACGCCAGCAGAAUGGACUCGUAAACAACUACAGCCAAAGAACUCAAGAUGCAAUUCCCGCGUACUACCAAACUGCCCAGACUGGUAACUUUCAGCCAACCCAGAACAGCAGUGUCCGGUACCCUACUCUACCCCAUGAGACCGCUCCAGAACCAAGACAGAUUACGAAGAAAAUCGAUGAGCAGCCUUACCAAAAUGUGCCAAUUGCUGCACCUCGCCCUCAACAGACUAGACCUGCUCCACCACCGAAUCCUCUGAGAGUCGUAUACCCUGCAACGGAUGAUGAGAACAAGACUCGUCUCCCCCAUGCACCAUUUUUGGCCUGGGAUGACGAACCUAUUCACGUACCAAAUGGCUUGAAGACUGCUCUUCCAAAGUAUCAUCCAAGAAAAGCAAGGAGCGGAAAAGAGAUUGUACCAGGCCUAGAUCUGUCAAUUGCACUAAAACCAGCUGCCACAUCCGCGAAGAGAGGCCGACCGCCAAAGAUUAAGGCACCUGUGAGCCAAUACAAGGGAACCAGCCAAGGCGCACAAGCUACGUCUGUUAACAAAAUUCGUGAAGAUGGUGGUCAGGACGCCAGAUCGCCUUCUACAGUAACUGAGAGCUCCUCUGAAGAUAGCGACUCUGACGAGUCAGAAUACGAGGAGGAGGACGACAUACCCUUGAUUGAUAUUGCCACGAUUCGCGGCCCCGUACGGCCUACUUCCACUCCAGAAGCUGCGCGUUGGGACGCAGUUGGCAUUGUCUGGAAAGACCCUAACUCAAAGCCAAGCAGUGAAAUUGUGUCUGAGGCCAUUCAGGAGUAUGGCAACUUCUUAAGUGCUCUUCGUGCUCAGAUCAAAACAAAUUCGACCAAGAUCGAAGAAGCUGCUGCGCGCCCUGCAGAGGCUCAGAAACUGAAAAAUGAACGUGUAGUCCUCUUGGAAUCACUGUACCAGAUAAUUGAUGCGGCCAACCAGCUUGGAUAUGGUCCCAUUGUAGAGAACCUGGGCAGUCAUCAUAAGAUGGUAAACGGACUAACCACAACUCUGAUCGAGUGCACUAAGGUCGAUGAUUACAAAGGCAAACUUCCAACUGCCGUGUUCGCGUUGCUUGCAAGGUUCCAGAAUAUGUCGGAUGAUUUCCUGAAGAAAUUGAAGUUUGAUAGUAUUCAAAAGCGCUGGAUCAAGAAAGGUUCCGAGGAGACUAAACAAGUCAUUGUUGACAUUCUUGCCAAUACAAUCGAUGCCAAGGAAAGAGCUGCGAAAGCCAAAAAAGAUGCUGAGCAAAGCGACAAAGAGAAGAAACUACGUGAAAAGGUCGACCAGACCAAACAACGAAGCUCAGAGCCCACUACCUCAACCAUUAUUUCCACAAAGAGACCUCUCGAAGGUGAUAGCAACGCCAGCAAGGCGAAUAAGAAGUUUGCUUUGGACACCACUUCCAGCUUCAAUCCAUCCACAAAGCCUACUCCCAUCAAGCGAUCAGGCACCAACUUGCUAGGCAUCGCCUCAAAACCCAUCACAAAGCCCAUUCCGAAGAAGAGAGACGUCUCUCCUCCCACCGAGUCCAAACUUGGUGCCCUCCUUGCCAGUAUUGCGAAGCCUCCCGAGCCUCCUAAAGCACCUGUCGCACCUCCUCGAGCCCCUGAAACACCGGAAGAAAAGGCUCGCCGAGAGAGAAAAGAAAGUAGGCGUCACCUUCGAGUCAAAUUCAAAGACGGCCCCGAUCUUGAGCAGAUUCGAUUAUUCAAGCACGAACAAGCAGAGGACGAAGGACGUCAAGACGAGAUGCUUCGGGACGCACACGACGAUCGUUUGGAAGGCAUGAUGCAUAAACAACGUGUCUUGGAGGUGAUGGACGAUGACGAAGAUUACCAGCCAAUGGACGCCGAUCUCCCAUACCAAGAACCAGUCCCGAUCAACUUCACCUCCGUGGACAAGUCAACACGAUUUGGACCAACAUAUACAACUCGGGGUGGCGAUGUCACCGUCUCUACGCCUGAGCAGAAGACUCAACAACAUCGAGAAGAGCUUGAGUUGAUGGUUGUCUAUACCGAUCCAAACGAUAUCCCACCUUCUGCUAGAGAGCCUCAUCAGACAGAUGAAGUCACUGAUUUGAAGACCGAACGCCUAUUGCAACCUCCAACGGAGCCUUGGCUGGUUGAACGCCUCGACGAGAUCCGCCAAUACGGUCCUGAGCAGGCUACUCAGAAGGCUCUGAUUCGACAAUCUGAAGAGCAAUGGAAGAAAGGUCAUCUGCUUCCUGGUGCAACUUCUUCAGCCUCACAAAGGCAAACUGGACCAUCUCAGCAACCCAACAACCCAGGCGCAAAGGAUGACCAGGUUGUGCAACAAGUUCUUGAAAGUUUGCAACGUCUCACUGCGUCUCUGAUUGGUCUGUCAUAUCCCGCCACAGAACCACCACGAUGGAUGACAAACUCUGCACAGAAAAACGAGUGGAUUGAGGGCUACAACAGGGACAUGGCUGUGAAGCACCAGGCAGAGAUUGAACGCAAUAUCGCCCAAUUGCAGGCUGCCCAGUUCCAAAAUCCAGCCCCCAACGCUCACUACCAACAACCGGCUAUACCGCCUCAAGCCGCUUUCCCUCCUCAAAUGCAACCACAUAACCCUGCCAGUGUACCAGUUCCAGAUGUUGCGCAACAAGUCCAGAGCUAUCUUAGCGCCUUCCAAAAUGGUGACAACAGAGCUGUGCAAAACCCACAGUUUGACUAUAACAAUUGGGCCAACCAUGGUGGUCAAGAUCAGAGUUUGAACUACGCAAAUCAGCCUCAACCACCAAGACGUGACCAGAAUUGGGGAAAUGACAACAAUAACCAGAAGAACAACCGUUUCCAAGAGACCCAAGCUGGCAAAUCAAAGCGCGGAUACGAUAUGAAGACAAUGAUCUCAUACGACGACUCACCCUUCGACGAGAAUGGCGAAUACAAGGGCAAGAAGAAGCCUUGCAGAUUCUACCGCGAGGGAAAAUGUGCCAAGGGAGCGAAAUGCACAUAUCUUCACGAUUGA